AUGGCCAUUGCUCCUCCUAGGAUCCAGCCGGUCUCUGCACACCUGCACUCCUCUGCUAGCCCUAAGGAUUCAGAUCAUCAGGAGAAGAAGCAGGUUUGUUACACGGUGUGGAUGAAAUCGCUGGUGUUCAACGGCCGCGGAUGCACGGUGUACGGCCAGGACGGCCGCGCCGCCUACCGCGUCGACAACUACGCCUGCAGGCGCAGCCGCGAGGUGUUCGUCAUGGACAGCGGCGGCAAGACGCUCUUGAAGCUACUCAAGAAGAAUUUUGGAGUGUUCAAGACAUGGCAAGGCUACUCCUGCUGCAACAACAAUAAUGGCGAUGCUGCUGCAACCAUGGAAGAUCAGCCAUGGUUCAGGGUGCAGAAGGAGUACAAGAUUCUGAAGAAGGAAGGGCGAUACAAUGUCAGAGCCGUGGUCGAGGUUGCUCUGAGCGGAGAGGUGUACAGGAUCAUCGACGGCGCGUCACAUAAAUCGGAGUAUAGAAUCGUUGGCGCAGGAGGCGAGGUUCUUGCGGAGAUCAGGAGGAAGCAGACGGACGCAGGGGUUGUGCUGGGAGACGAUGUUCUGACACUGACAGUGGGCCCCACCGCGGAUCGGCUUCUUGUCGUAGGGCUCAUGGUCGUCUGUGGCCUCCUUGACCGCUGCAUCUGA